CGGCCAAAACUAAAUUAAUAAGAAUCACUGCUCAUAUUUUUGAUAGGGACUGCUAAGGAAAACGAAGAGAGACAUGAACCCAACAGCUCUGGUUUCACUGUCGGCGGGGGGAGCAGCCUCCGCCUGUUCUCCCUCCAGUCUUCCCACCGCCUUAAUAUCUCCGGCGCUUCGUUGUGUAGAUAUAGCCACCAAUGCUUCCACGACUAGUAAGAUGAUUUUCUCGAAGAACUUUCUUGUAUCCCCUUCGUUAUCGUUAUCUUCUCCUUCUUCAGCGAUGGUGGCUUCUGCUCGAACCAACAUUAAUAACGGUAUGAUAAUGAAGAUUUGCCCCAUCAAAGGGCCCCACUUAUCCUCAACUACCCCUGCUAGCAUAAUGAUAAUAGGGAGGAGGAGGAGGAGGUCGAUUACAUGUGAAGUCGCAUUGAGAUCCAACAAUUCGGCUACAUCAUCUUUAUCCUCAUCGUCUACAACAGUCACCAAAGGAGAAGAAGAGGGAGAAGAAGCUGAGAAGAGGAUUGGGGCGAAGGUUAGGGUGAAGGUUCCCCUGAAGGUGUACCACGUGCCUCGGGUGCCCGAAGUGGAUCUGACUGGGAAAGAAGGUCAUCUUAAGCAGUACGUUGCCCUCUGGAAGGGGAAACGAAUAUCCGCCAAUCUCCCUUACAAGGUGGAGUUCGUGGUGGGCAUUGAAGGCCGUGGCCCUGUCAAAUUCUUUGCCCAUCUCAGGGAGGACGAGUUUGAUUGCCUUGAAUAGCAUUUUUCAUUUGCUGGUGCUUCCCCCACCAGGCCAGGCAAAUACUUUGUCUCCUCUCUUUCUAUUAAUUUAUAUAAUCUCUUCCAUUAAUCAUAUCCCAGAAUAGUGCAGUGUUGUAUGUAGUUUAAACUUGCUUAAUUAUUGUCCUUAUUUUCCCGCCUUAUAUUCUUAUUUAUCAAUACAAGAAUUUAUGUUCA